CGCCACGUGGAAGAUAUAAGAGGAGGAGGAGAGAGUUUCCGAGAUGUCCAAUUGCUGCAGCUGCAUCCGUGAUUGCACCGCGGACACUUAUCAACCGCUGAGCUCGCAGAGAUUCGGGUGCAGCCGCGCCAAGGUGCAGAGGGAUGGGAGAGAGGGCAUCAGGAGCCCGAGGAACCAGCGUAGAAAGCUUAGCGUGCGAUACGACGCGGUUAGGCCGGCCCGAGCUGCAAGUGAUCAGUCAACGCCGCAUCGCCAUCUGCCCGGCAGUCUGAGAGGUUCUCUGAGUUACUCUCACAGUCACCGGCAUAACCAUCUUCACAGACAUGAUCCACCAUUGCCACCGGCAUAUUGCACUCCACCUCCGCCUCCCACCUCGAGUUUCCCCACAGUACAGCGUAGCUGUGCCCUGCAUUCGAGGCUCGACCAGCCGGUGACCAGCUCGACGUCCGGAAUGGACAGCAAAAAGGAAGAAAAGGAAAAACUGAUUUCAGGUCCUGAAGAGGAGAAAUUGUUGGGCUCGAUAUUGUUGCCAUCGUACAGGGUCACUGUGUGCAAACCGGAGGACAAAGUUAACAGGAAGUUCGCGUUCAAAGCUGAACACGCUAACAUGAGGACCUAUCACUUCGCUGCCGACAGCCGUGAAAGCAUGAAUCAAUGGGUGAACGCAUUGACAUUGGCGACUCUCCUUCAGGAUCCAAGCCCGGGGGGCGGCGAGGCGGCGGUGGUGAUCGAGAUAGGAGGGGGGCAGCAGGAGGGUGAGCGAAGCGCGAGGCCGAGCGUCUCGUCCAUAUCCUCGAUCCUGAACCAGAGCGCGGACGACAGCGAUUCCGGGUUCCACGGUUUCCAGUCCCGCGACGAUCCCAGCCACGCGUCCAACAACAACUCAAGCCCGAACAGCGUGAACACCGCCUCCUUCCCGAACCUGAGCGGCAGCAAUGGGAACAGCAACAAUGGAAAUAGCAGCGCCACCAACAACAAUCAUUCCCUCAUCAUCAACAACAACAACAACAACAACAACAACAUCAGCCUCGCCAACACAGGGAGCAACAACAACUCGAACGACGUCGUCCAACCGAUGGUGAACGGUUGGAUCCAACAAUCCCCUUACGGCCAAUCAGCGAGCACGUCGCAACAACAACAACAAUACGGCCAAUUGAUGUCGUCCGUGGUCAGCCAGCAGGUCCACUCCCACCACCAUCCCCACCAACCGCUGCUCCACCAACACCUGUCCCCCCACCUCCCCGCCCAGAUCCUUCAACACAACAAACAACAACCUCAACAACCUCAACAAACCGCUCACCUGGUGCAAACUGUCCAACCCAUGCCGAGGAAAUUCGGCCAACCGAUUUACGCGAACGCGCCCCCUAAACCGAGGCGAAUCACCGACGGAUCGACCGAGUACUCGACCCCCUCCCCCGACCCCGAUUACAGAAAAUCGCCCGUUUCGCCGGACGUGACGACAAUGACGAGCAAGAGCCCGAUGUCGGAUUACGACAGGGGUAGCCUGAUCUACGGGACGAGAUCCGUCGGUGGCCAACAACAGCAGCAAGCCCCGUCACAGCACAGCUUGAGGACGGACAAGUCCGGCUUGAAUUACGGGUAUGGUGGGGGCCAGGCGCAGGCGCAGACCGAGAGGCGCACGCCCGACACGUACGGGCGCAGCGCGGCGAAACCGAGGCCGGGGAGGGGGAACGGCGACUACGAGGAGGUGUACGGGGCGCCCCAGUUGUACCAGAGGCCGGCAGGCCCCGUCGGUUACACGAAGGGGGCCUCCCCCGCACCUAUCCCCAUCCCCAUCUACGCGCAACAACAUCAUCAGCAAUACCAGCAGCAGAUACAUGCCUCGAACGUGCCGAUAAUGAGGCAGCCGAGGGCGCAGCCACCGCCACGGCCGCACAGCGCGGACUUCUUGGAGUACGAGGCGAUAAGGAAGCCCCAACAGCAGAUGCCGCCGCAGUGCGAGGAGUCGGUGAAUCAACAGAGGCGUCCACAGAGGCCUAAAUCGAGUUUAGACAUAGUCACUCCGUCGGACGCAGCGAACGACGGAUACUUUUAUUCCGAGGAAAGAUACGCGGCACAGAUGCGGCAAUCCGCGGUUUAUCUCCACCAGACGCCCCAGCAUCACCAGCAACAAAGGAACCAAUCGCUUUCCCGGACGACAAUGCCCUCGAAAGCGACUGGGAUCCGCGACAGAAGCGACGAAAGUAGGAUAGCCACGCUACCGGAAGUUUCCUGCUCAGCCCUGAGGCGGGGACAACACGUUCAUCAGCAACACGUGAUACCUCACCAAUCGCUCCAACGGCAUACCGAAGUGAGCAGCAACGAGGCGAAGUUGAGGCGGUCGUUGCGGGAGAAGAGUUACGAGGCGAGCAGCCGAGAAAUGCUGAGUCACAUGGCGGAGGAAGGGACGGUGCCGCGAAGAAUUCCACGCGAGUACGAGUGUUCGAUGGGGUGGGGAAACAGGGGGACGAGUCAGGGUAGCGCUCACGUGGGCCAACCGUGUCACGCUCCUCACGCCGCCGCCAGACGAUGGAACGAGCAGCAACAGUUCUGCAGGUCGGCGUCCGCGCGCCUACCGAGGACCAGGCACCCGGCUACCUUGGACCCUGACGACGACGAUUACGAACGAUCGUCCGAGCAGGACUCGCGGGAUGGUGAACGAAAGAUACAACAGCGCGAGGAGUCGAUGAAGCGGCUGCUGGAAUGGAAGCAGCGGAUGCUGCAGUCGCCGCUCACCCGGAAGCCAUCGGCCUCGGCAAACAGAGGCCGUGCGCAGAACGAGCUGUCCACCUAUUACAAGCAGCAGGCGCUGCUCGAUCUCGCUGCCCACGAGGCGUCGGUCGCCGAGGGCCGCCACUCGCGGCGGAGGGAGGACGGCGGUGGUCAUCGGCCGCACGCGCGCAGCAAGAGCACGGACGGGAGGAGGACUGUGGCCAACGUUUCGCGAUACAACAGCUACUCCAGCGACGACGAAGAGCUGGGAGACGACCGGAGGAAGCAAAGAGCGCGCAGCAGACCCUCGCACGCAGCAGCAGCGGCAGGAGGAGGAGGAGGAGGAGGAGGAGGAGGAGGAGGAGUAAGGAAUCCCCGCAACCAGGCGACGACGACGACGACGACUACGAUCGGCGACGACGACGAUCAUCAAGAUGGCGCUGGCGGCGGCGGCGGAGGCCAGCAAAACGGGGGGGGGAGGAGGAGGAGGAGGAUAGGUCGAGGGGGGUGGAGGAGGAGGAGAAGGAAGAACGUCGAACCUGGUGCGGUGCAGGAUACGCUCGUUCGAGGAGGCGCGUGCCAGGCGGAUGGGCUCGGUAUGCGGGAACCGUUGAAGGUGUCGUCCCCCCUCCAACCGACCGAGGCGCACGUGUCCAAGUUGGAGUGCGCGAAGAGGAGGAGGAGGAGGAGCCCCCCCUCCGCCACCACCUCCUCCUCCUCGAUGAUACGAAACUUCGCGCUCGGGGAGACGAGCGGCGGGGGCGGUCGGCCGGUCGUUGAAGAGGAGGGGGAGGGGGACGUGGGGCACGCGAAGCAAGCGUCGACCGACAGCAACAAAUCCGUGAAGGACUUGUUGGCCGAUUUCGAGAGGAAGUCUCGGCAGGAGCACGGUGGAGGUGGGAAACGGGUGGAGGUGAAGCAUCGCGGGGUGUUCAGCGACUCGGAGGCGCUGUUGUACGACAGUAGCGACUUGGACAAGCACGAGGAGGAGGGCAAGGAUAGGAUCCAUUCCGGUCAUUACUAUCAUCAUCCACAGAACGACGAUCACGGGACGGACGCGAGCAAGAAGAGAGGCGACGUCGCUUUCAGGCGCAAGAAGACGAGCGAAGUUCAAACGGAGGAGGAGGAGGAGGAGGAGGAGGAAGCGAAUCCUAGUCGAGGCAGGUUGAGCGUGACCGAGUCCCUGUUGACCCACGUGGAUCAUCGUUCGUCCGGGGACGAGAGCGGAACCACGAGUCCAACGAUAAAGCAGGAGGAGGAGGAGGAGGAGGAGGCGAGUCCACCGGAGGAGCAUUACCUGCCCAUGUCGCCUAGGAAGGCUAUACUGGACCCGAACGACGAGAACAGGCCGAAUCCGAAGAUGAUGGAGAGCCUGUUCGCCAAUCUGGAGCACGAGGAGAGCUCGUACGUGGAGAUGGCGCAGAACGCGUUCCUUCUCGCCCCCUCGGGUGGCAGGCACGACUCGGGCGAUUACUCCACCCUGGACAACACCCCCCACUACGAGUUCGUCUGCGUGUCCGACAGCAAGAUGGAGCCGGUGUACAUGGAGGUGAGCCAGUUGUCGGAGAAGGAGGAGGAGGAGGAUGAGGAGGAGGAGGAGGAGGUGGUGGAGGAGAAUAACAACGGCAAGGAAAAUGGCAAAGGGAAGAGGAGAUCGCACGAGGACGCGAGGACCGAUCUGCCCGAUAUCCUGACGGCGUUGAAAUCGGACAGCUCGGACGCGGACGACGAGUCGUCCAAGGAUCUCGACUCGAUCGACGCCCCCCGCCACCCGAGGUUCAGCUUGUCCGACACGUUCAGGCCCGCCUCGUAUUAUCUGGGCGCCAGUCGAGCCAUGAUCGCCGAGUUGCACGAUUCCUCCGACAGCGAGCUCGUCUCCCCGCCCCCGAUCCCAACCUCCCCCCCACCCUUGGACGACCUGGACUCGUUGGACAUGCAGGAGUCGUCCUCCCUCGAGGUAAAGAAAGUGUCGCCCCAGGUGGCGGUGGCGAGGGAGCAGAUCUGGGCCAGGAAGCAACAACCGAUGAUGGGGGGCCAGGCCGAGGGGCACAGGCCGCCCUCGAGGCCGUUCUCGGACGCCACCAUUCUCGGCUCCCCGUUCAGGGACAGCCGGAUCUCUCUGGAGAGCAGCGAUUCGGUGGAGGCGAGGACGGCCGAGGAGGAGGCGAGGCACAGACAAUUGAAGACGAGGCCGGUGAGCGAGGUGUGCGAGGUGUUGGACAGUUUGGACGAGUUGGAGUCGCUGGGCAGCCGCUUCGACGGGGCGAGUAUCGACCUGGAUCGGUAUCUGGAGGAGUUGCAGGCGCGGGAUGCCUUCAACGUCGACCUCUACGCCAAGGAGCCGAGUUACAACAACAUUUACGGGUUCAACGAGAGCCGUGCGAUGGACAAAGCGCGGAGGCAGGCUGCGAUCUGCCACGAUCCGUCGAACGUGAGACGAACGUCGAACAGGGAGGCUGGGGUGAUGGUGGUUGGGGCUGCUGGUUUCGACGAUCUCGAGUCACGGGGGUACGGGGGGCGGAACAAGAUGGGAUCGGCCAGCAGUUUGCCCUCGAUGAGGGUCAGCGACGCUGCUCCCCCGUCCCACCAGCACUCGCAGUCCUUCACGGGGGACGCUCAUUACGAGAACGUGUCGAGCUUCUCCCCCCUUCGAUCGUCGGAGAACGAGCAGAGCAAUGGGCACGGAAGAAGGGGGUCUCAGGGCAAUCUGUUGAUCCCGUCGCACAGCAGGGACUCGAGCUACUCGCUGGGAGCCGCCUCGAUCUCGACCUCCAUGGCUUGUCAGAGGCCUGCCAGCGCCCAAUCCUCGUCCAUCCACUCUCCCACGGGCUCGAAUUUGGUCGGCAAUGCGACGACCAACCUGGCCGCCAACAACUGUGCCACGAGCCCCCCUCCCUAUCCGCCCGAUCAACGGUUCCAAAAUCAUCACCACUCGAGGUCGGCCAGCCAGGAUUCCGCCCGAUACUCGAACCGCAGAUCCUCGUCCAGCCAGGAUUCCCACUAUCCAACCCCGAACUCGGUCAAACCCCCCCAAUCGUAUCUGCCGAGCGAGCCUCGCCCCCAGAGCCAGCAAUCGAGCGCCCCCUAUUACUAUUCGGAUCUUCGAGCGAGCGCGAAUACGAGCGUGGACACGGCCGAGGCCGCGAGGGAGAAACCACCGAUCGGCCACACGUCCAGGCUGCCUCAGUUGAACAAUCAGAGGGACGACGCCUCGGCUAUGAACAAGAGGAACGACAUAGGGCGUAUAGUGAAUCCCAUCUCGAGGCAGGUGGUGGCCAGACAGAUCCAGGUGGACGACAUCGACGAGGCGAGGCGGAUAGCGGCCGAGCUGAGAAAGACGACUUGCCAGCUGUUGGGCGACAACAAGGCGGACCUCGUGGACAAGAAGAACUUUUACGAGUCGGACACGCUGAGGAGGGUGAAGUCGACGGAUCCUUUGCCGGACGUCUCCGAGAUCAACGCCAGGAACCUGUACCCGCACGGGCUGCGCGACAAAUCGAACGGCCGCUCGACGACGAGUCGGGGAGACGCGUUCGACGCGUCGCAGGCGUCGCACAGGAGGUCGAGAUCGUUGGAGGGUCUGUUGGACGACGUCGGCCUUCAGAAUCUGGUCGAGCAGCGGAACAGGAGCAACCAGCGCGUGGCCGCCGUUCAACCGACUCGGACUGAGCAACAAGCUUCCUCUAGUAGCAACAACGACGACGACACCAGCGCCGCCACGGCCAACGCCACCUCUUCUAUGCCGGGAACGAACAACGACUUCGAAGCGGACGAUCCUUGGGAACAGGAUCUCCUGUGGAGGGAGAGCCUUCGAAGAGUGAGUUUACGGAACGCCAGGUCCUUGGACAACCUGGACAACCAACCUCCUAGACAACAACAACAAUCCGCCAAUUCGGACGCGAAGGGAGCUAGGAACAAGAUCACCCGUGGCGCCACCUACGUGAACGACAGCGUGAUUCUGUCGAGGAGGGAGAACUCGUGCCCCGAGGACAGAGGAGGGCCUCGAGUGAAACGGAGGGGCAACAAGAAGGAGGGGGAUGAGGCGGAGGAGGAGGUGGUCGACGACCUGACCUACGAGAGCCUGUCGAUGGAGCGGAUUCACGCGGGGGGGUACGUGUGGGACGCGCAGAACGAGGCCUAUCGGAAGGCGAGCACGAGCAUCACGGCUAACGCAACCACCGCCACAACCACCACCGCGAUCACCGAGGAUCAUUUUUUAGAGGAAGGCAACCUUCCCUCGAUUCGCUCGAUCUCGACGACGCAGCACCACCAGGUGGUGCCGUCAGGCCCCGCGGCGUUCGAGCUCGAUCGGGAGAAGCUGCGACAGUGGGACCUGUUGUCGAGCGCCUGCUUACUCCAGGAACAGCAACAACAACAGCAGCAGCAGUGCAGCUCGAUGGCGGACUCGGGGCGAGGGUUGCCAAUCGUGGAACGGCCUGGAGGCGUUCUCGACGUGUCGAGGAACAGUGGCGCCAACGUGGCGUUGUCGUUGACCAAUCACGAUCGAGAUGUCGUUCUGAAGGCGCUCGAGGGCAAGGGUAUGCAGAGCACGAUUACGACGAGCGUGACGGGCGACAGGCAACAGGUGAACGAGACCAAGGAGGCUUGUAACAGGGCUGCAGCGUCCGGGUCUGGAUCGGUGAUAGGAAGGGAUCCACUUCCGCCGAGAGCUGUCAGCACUUCACAACUGGCUCAAAGAACCCAAACGCAACCCCCGGCCACGGUGUCCACCCUCCCAUUGCCGAGGAGCAAUGCCACGCACAGGCAGCCCCUGCCCCUUCACCAAUCCACCCCUCAAUCGGCCAGACAAUCGGAAAACGACAUGACCAAUUCGCAGGUAUUACGAGUCGCCAGCAACGGUGACAUUGGAACCGGAUCCACGAUGUUGAACAACAACAACGAUGGAAAGGACGUGAGGUUAGCAUCUCCGGGUGGACACGCUACUCAACGAUUGAUGAGCCCGGCCGGGGCGUUAAGGAUCGUUUCCAUGAACGACCAUCGAGUCUCCAGCCCUAGCGACAGCGACAUACGAGUUCACAGUCCAAUUGAAAGGAAAAUGGUGAGCCCAAUCGGGAGAGAAGUGGAUCGUGGUGGAGGCACGGCUAUCAGGCAGAAUCAACGAGUAUGGGAGUACAACGAGUUGCUGCACAAAAGGAGCAACCAGCGAGCGGAGGGUGGGUGCAAGUUGGCGCAGCAAGGAGCCCACGGACUGGUUCGCGUUUCCGCCGGUGAACUCCUCGGCAGGACCCACGAGGAGUUGGUGCUCCUGCUGAUCCAGCUACGCCGGCAGAACGCCACCAUCUACAAAGCGAUGGAGACCUGCCAGAUGGAGAUCGAGGCACAGGCUAGAUUGGCAGAACUCGAUACCCCGCGACGAUUGGAGAACCUUCAGAAGCUGGACGAACUGAAGAAGCAUCUGAUGGAUCUCGAGAAGCAGUACGAGAAGGGCAAGCCGUUGGUGAACCUGGUCGACAAUAUGGUGAAGUUGGGCUCCCUCUACAAUCGCAACACUGCCAACGGGACCAACAGCGUGUCCGGUUCGCGACACGAUCUGGCGCACGACAAUUCGAGGGAUCACCGGUUGGAAUUCAAUCAGAAGGUGCAGGAGCAGCGUUUGCUAGCCGAGGAGCGAAGGGACUGGGACCGAUUGAGCCCCGACCAUGGACAAUUACAGGCCAAGGUGCAGCAGCUUUACAAACUGGAUCGGUUGCUCCAGGAGGAAUCCGGAACACUUCACAGUCUUCAGCAAGACAAGGAGAUCCUGGAGAAAGCUUUAGGCGGCCUCCGGCACAAACUGCAAGGAAGCAGGAGCAAUUUGGCCGAGGCGGAGAGAUACAGGAAGCAACAGCUUCUGUUGGAAAAAGAGCUGAGCAGAGUGAGGGUGUUGUUGGCGCACAACUCGAAGGUAAAGCCGGUAUUCUUCCAGAAACUCGAAGAGACGGUGGCCGAGAACGCGAGAUUGGAACAGGACCUGGUCGUGCUUCGACAGAAGCUUCAAGCGUCGAGGAGAUACGCGGGGAACGUGACCAGAGACACUUCGGCAACCACUGGCCCCCUCGAAGCGGAAUUGAGACGAGUUCAACAAUUGGUCGGUGAUCUGCAGAGGCAACGAAAGGAAUUGAGUAUUCAAGUUAGACAGCUCACGGAGAAGUCUCAUAACUUGGUGCAGCAGAUCCGACCGCAACCCAGUUCUGCUCCUCAAGUGCACCAGCCGAAGAAGCGGACGCAAAACUCUUGGUUGGAGACCGAUCUCGAUUCCGGAAUAACAUUGGAUCACGGUUUAGAUUCUCCAUCGAGUCCCGCGUUAUCCUCGUCGCCCCGUGGCAAGCAGAACGGCGGCCCGUAUCCGCAUUUCAACUCACCGACGCAGAUCAAAGACUCAUCAUCACCCACGAGUCGUCAGCAAGCCAACCUGCAAUCCUAUCCUCAAUCGCCGCAGAAUCAUAUUUCUUCCCUCUCUCCUCAGUUGCGAGAACAGAUCCACCAGCAUCAAUUGAAGCAACAGCUUCUCAAGGAUCAGAUGCAAGGAAAAGGAAGCCUUAUACAGGCGAAUGUCGCUCCGUUAUACAUAAACACGGAUUCUAGAAUUCAAGAGAACAACAAGCAAGACGGAAAUCUGACAAACGGCGCGAUUCUUCCACCGGAAUACAUUCCACCUCCACCACCACCGCCCCUGAACGAAGAAGCGUUGCUGAACGAUAAUUACAGACAGAACGAGGACAACAAGUUUACCGGCUUGAUCCACAACCGUGAGAAACAAGAGAUUAAGACCGUGCGAAUAGUGAAGCGGGAAUCGGAAAGACGGCAACGAGAUAGAGGAGACAGAACUGGAAACAUUGGAAUUCCAUUAACGAACGGGCUUCAGGCGCCCGGGGGUGCGAAGAGAUUGUGCGACGAUGAUUUAGGAGGCUCUCAGAAGUUCGAGAAGGCUCAAUUAGGAAAGGUGGUAGAAGAGUCGCCGAUGAUUCACGCUCAAAGCACAGUCCAGUUGACGGACUUGGACGACGUGCAGUUCCAAAGAAGCAUGUCCUUACCGAGAGGUUUCGGCGGGCAACGGCUCCAACAGCCGGAGAUCCAUCAAGUCCCGGUGGUGCCUCCUCCCAGAAGCGAUAGCAUGCACGCCUUAAGAACCAUGCUGGCCAGACGGAACAAGAUCAGGUUCGAAACGCAACAGGAAGGAAGCUCGGACAGUACUUUGUCGCCGUACACGGAGAGUCUCGCCUCGAGCACGCAUCUGCCUAUCAGCUCGCCAAAUUACUCGACCAGUCCGUCCUACAGCCCUAGUAGCCACCAGCAAAAUUACACAUCGAUCAAAUCGAAUCAUCAUCAUCACCAUCAGCCUCCGUACUAUCCACCGUACAGGCAAUACGGCGAGAGUCAAGGGAGUGUGCAGGAACCGAUAAGCCCGGAAUUGUUGUCACCGAGCAACCUCGAUGGCCAGGAGAAAGCUUACGGCUCGUCGUUGAACGUGAACGCGUCGAGCUCGCCUCAAUUGUCGCCUGUGUUCAAGAGCGAGGCAGCGAGGCAGAUCAUCAAGGAGAUGACGGAGAAAAAGGUCGAGGGACCGAGACGCAGGCAGAUCCCUCGCGAGAAAAGGCGACACUAUACCGUGUCCAGUAGCAAACCCGUCCUCGACCUAGAGGAUACGUUCUCAAAGAUGGGAAUGGGGAGAGCUAGAGACGAUCUGGACAUGGAACGAGCGCUCAGGCCGAGGAUCAAUGCUCCCGAUGUCGUUAGAUCGACUUUGAGUCACAAAGAGUUGAAGUAUAACGAGAGCACUAUCGACCAACUUUUAGGAACACCGAAUAAGAUCGUGAUUCCGGAAAGAUAUAUACCUGAACAGACACCGGAGUUAACCGCGGAAGAGCAGGAGCAACGAUUGAAGAAAGCGGAAGCAAUAAGAAAGAUGUUGUCCGAGACAACCGUGACCGCGCCAGACGGAAGUGACGACAAUAUUAAUAUCGAGCAAUCUGACAGCUUGAAAAGAAAAGUAGUGGAAGAGAAACGACAAAGGGAGCACAUUCUACAAUUGAAUCAAAUUUUAGCUAAGCAAGUUAUGGAAAAGAGCAAGAUGGUGGCGGUGAAAGCACUGGCUACCCUUCCUUUGAAGACCGAAUCGAGCUUAGAAGACGAGGAUCUCUCGCCUGUAACACCAUUACCACUAUACCAACAGAGGGAGAACUAUUACUCAUAAGAAAAACGAUAGAGAAGUCAAAAGAAGUCUCUCACACAGCUGACAAAUCUUUCUAGCACAAAGUGAAAACUCUACUGCCAGCCCGGAACAACAGAGAAACAAAUAUCUUUCUUCUUCAAACAUUUUUUGAAAUUUCAUAAAAAGGUGGUUUCCCUGACAUCACUUGCUAUUAUGAUUAUAUUAACGAUUUAAGAAAAAGAAAAAAACGAUGUUUUUUUUUUUAUUUGCAUCGAUAUUGUACAUAAUCAUCGAUUUAAUAAACUGAUAACAAAUAGCUAUCGUCUGAAUUGUCGAUAAGAAUUAGUAAUGUAAUGGAUGUCGAGCAAAAUUAGAUGAUAUUUACGGAAGAAAAUAGUAAAUAUCCGAAUGAAAUUAUUUCAAAAAUAAAGAAACUUUUAAUUUUUUUUUUUUUUUUACGUCGUUCUCUUUCCUGAUCAAAUUCAAUUCCCUUUUUGUAACAUAUAUAUAGUUCAAUCGACUAAUAAUAGCUUAUAUUUACUAUUUUCUACUUAAUGAAAUGUUACGAUCAUUUAAUUGUGACGUCGAGACAGGAUGGUUUCAAGUUUCGACUCAUAUGAAACUUUAAUCAUGUCAUUCAUUGGAUUACCGAAUCUAUGUUAAGAACACUUUUAACAAGAAAUUUCGAUGAAUAUUCUACUCUUAUACGGUCUUAUACGGUUUUUAAACGAUAAGCACAUAUAAAACUACAUCAUUAUAAAAUUAAAGACUUAUUAUGAGGCCUAUAUUUCGUAAUGUAAAUGUUGCUCGAACAUAAAAUAUUCUAGCGAUAUAAUAUUCUGAUACCAUUUAUGCUUGAUGCCAUACUGCCUCGAUGUUUUCUUUUCUAUUCGAAGAAAAUGCUUCCACAAGUUUCUAUCACUAGCAAUAACAAUAAUAAUUAUAAUAAUAAUAAUAAUAAUAAUAACAGUAAUAAUAAUAAUAAUAAUAACAACAACAAUAACAAUAAUAAAUAAUAACAAUAAUAACAACAAUAAUAAUCAUAAUAUUAAUAAUAAAUUAAGAAACAGCGAUCGCACAAUGCGAAUCAUUUAGAAAAUGACUGUAAUCGAAUUCCUCUAACUCGUAUGAAUGCUGUUAUAUAGGAAAGAAAUCAAGUAUAAUGAUAAAAUAAUUAUAUAAACAUGAUUAUAUAAAUAAUUAUAUAAACAUGAUUAAUCACUGACUUCGGCUAAUAUUAGAUAAUGUGAAUGCUAUUCCAAUUUCUUCUCACUAUAAUUUGUCAAAAAAAUAUUAUUUAGAUUCUGACAUUAAUUCUUAUUUAAUUUCAAUUUCCAUUUAGUCAAAUCUAUUGACUCAAGAAUUUUUUAUAAUUCUUUCAUUAAUAAAAACUUCGUUUAUAAACUACGUAUUGGCCGAAUUCAGUUUAUGUUUGUUAUAUGAAACCAUGCUUUGCAAACUCGUCUUUCAGUCUUGAAUUUACAUUUACAUUUACAUUUACAUUUACUAAAGUUAAUAGCAAAUAAUUUAUUGUAUGUAUGUAUAUAUAUAUGUAUAUAUUGCAACGAGUUUGGGAAUCAUCGGUUCAAGUUGAUUUAUGUAAGAGGAAUGAAUAUGUAUAUUAGAAAUAAGAUAGAAUAUAAGGUUGCGUUUACGCUAGGUGCUAUGAGCAACGCAACAUAGUCAAAUAAUGAAUAAACAUAACCUCUAAAUAACGAUCAUUGAAUUGACUGAGAUGAGUCAUUUUUAGGUAUAAAACACCGAUCGAGAGUAUACGAAAUUUGGAAAUAAAUUCUUCGAACAUCUGUGUAUACUCAGUGCUUUGUUUUCAGUAUAUAAAGUGUAAUGAUUGAAUCAUCAAUGAAAUGUUCAAAAUUACAUGUCAACUAUCUUAUCAUAUAAGAAUUUUUAUUACUCGUGUGGAUCAAUCGAAUAACACUUGUUCCAAUCAAAAAUAAUCUAACAAAUGAAAAACCAAUUAUACAAAAUAUUUCUUAAUAUUAAAAGGAUUAGAGUGCUCACUGAACUUUUUUUUAUAUAAAAUCUCUUAUUCAACAGAAUAACGAUAAAAUGUUUAUUGAUAAAAAUAUGUGUUAUCGUUGAAAGUCUAUUAAUUAUUAUUAUUAUAAAUGAUAAUUAUACAUCGUAUAACCGUUGACAAAAAGUGAACGUAAAAUUUAACGUGGUAUCGUCCAUAUAUUCUGUACGUUUGAUCGGUGUUUCUAUCCAUAAAUUGCUCCAAUUUCAACACAAUCAAAUGCAUAUGAUUUAUAUGACUCGCUAAUCAUUCGAGUAUUUCGACACUUUUAUUAUAAACUUUCUCGAACUUUCAGAUAAGUGCAUUUGACUCGAUGUUGAAUCGUAAUUUAAGAAACACGUAACACAUAUGUACGCUUUAGAAACGUCCUAUAAACAGCGCGUUCUACGUCGUUUUCGCUACUUUCAACUUUUCGAAGUAGCGUGUAUUUAUGUUUUUCUAAGAUCGUUUACUCGUAUUAUUUAACGAAGGGAGAAGAAUAAGCUUUGAAAGUGCGACUAGAUAAGUUAUAUAUAGAAACUUAGAUGCGUGCAACAAUCGUUCGAUGUCGAAUCCAUUUAAUGGAAAUCGAUUGUCGGCGUGUCCUUCGAUAUAAUCGAAACUUAAUUCUUUGAAGCGAUAAUCGAAUUAAUUGCAAUUAUUUUUCUUAUUAUCAUAAGAUCAAACGCUCGGUUCGAGAUUUUUCAAAUUUUUUCCUGCAAAUUAUAAAAAUUUAUCAAUUUUUAUUUCUAUCCAUGUCACAACUAAAACAACCUAGAAAGAAAUAUCGACGCUUCAAAGAGUUAAGAUACAGCAUUUAGACGCGAAGCGUCGCAAAGAUGGACGAGUGUUUAUAAGCUAACUUGCAUUGUUGUAGCCUGUUAAAAAAAGUCGUAGAACGUUCGAGCGAAAUUGAAGAGUGCCAAAUUACAAAUGCAGAUCGAUCGCGAAACACGGCGACUGCUCGUCAAUUAAAAGAAAGAAAGAAAGAAAGAGAGAGAAAAGAAGGAUGAAACCAGCGAGACUAACGCCCUGCACAAAAAAAGUAAGGUUAAGCGUAAGGAUCUCCCCUCGACGACUGUCAAACCCCGAGAAAAAGGUAUCUCGUUAAUCAUGCUAAUUAAGAGAUGCGAUUUCUAUCUAUUAUAUGAGAAUUGUAUGGUCCACAGGCAUCAAUGUUAGGAAUAAUUUUUUACGAUACGAUGAUCCGUGUAUACGAUGUAGGAUGACGCACGGUGAAAUCCAACGAUCGGAAAAACGCGAUCGAAUCACGAUCAUUCGUCUCGAGGUCGAGAAGAAUGGCCGUUUAGCGCAAUCGUUACCAUCGUGCCCUUUUUAAGAACUUUCCCUUAUGGAUGGACAUACUACCAUCGCGAGUCAUUAAAACAAUGAACAUCUAGGGUUCGAGAAAAAGGAGAGAAACGACGAUGCGUAUGUUUUCAUAUGUGAAAAACUGUUCGCUCGACACCCCCAUUGGCCCUAUGGUACCUGAGAAACCAGCGUAGGAUUGCUUUCUGCGGUUGCCACCGCGCCAUUAGGGUAGUUUGAGCGAAAUAAACUAUUGUAAAAGGAAACUACUGUGGAAACAGGAACUGUUAUUGUUACACGAAUAAAGUAAAAUCCAUAUUACAUGA